AUGGGUUCCAUAAAGGAGAAGGUUACGUCUCAAAAUGGCUCGCCCGCUUCCGUGGAUUACGAGAGUGGACAAACGCAGCUCGGGACAGUUCACGAUGUGCAAGCUCUCACGGUACUUGGCUACAAGCCAGAGCUGCAGCGGAAUCGGUCCAUGUUUACAUUGCUAUUCCAAUCUCUAGCGAUCGCUGCUAUACCUUAUGGCUUUGGUGGCCCGCUCAUCAGCGCUAUUUACGGAGGUGGUCAGCUGCCGAUGUUCUUGGGAUGGAUCGUGGUCUUAAUCCUAGACGAAUGCAUCGCUCUCUCGUUAAGUGAGCUGGCCUCGAGAUAUCCGACAUCAGCCGGGCCGUAUUACUGGUCCUUCCAACUCGCGAGUCCGAAAUAUCGCAGGGGUCUCUCCUUCAUCACCGGUUGGACAUGGCUGAUCGGUAACUGGACUAUCACGUUGUCCGUCAACUUCGGUUUCGCAUCCAUGCUCGCCGCGGCCAUAUCCCUCUUCGAACCAGACUUCGCUGUGGAGGCCUGGCAACUGCUGUUGAUAUUCUACGCACUGUGCUUCCUCACGUUCUUUUUGGUCGCGUUCGGAAAUAAGAUAUUGCCUAUGGUUGAUACGAUCUGCGCUAUCUUCACGGCAAUUAGCAUCAUUGUGACUUGUAUAUGUAUAUCUGUGAAGGCAGAUGUCGGUAGACAUUCCCCUAGCUACACUUUGGGCCAUUACGAUACGACACUUUCUGGAUGGAACACCUUUUCCUUUUGGAUUGGCAUCCUACCUGCAGCUUAUACAUUUUCCGCUAUGGGAAUGAUAACCUCAAUGGCCGAAGAAUGCAGUGAACCAACAGUGAAACUGCCAAACGCGCUGUCCCUCUGCGUACCCGUUGGUGGCAUCGCAGGACUGUUCUUCAUUAUCCCCCUAUGUGCAACAUUACCGGACUUAGCAGACAUCCUCGAAGCGCCCGUCGGCCAGGCUCUACCGUAUAUCUUCGGCGUGGUGAUGGGGACUCCUGGAGGCGGCUUAGCGCUGACCGUCCUCGUCCUCAUCAUCACCCUAUUCUGCUCCAUAUCCAUCACGGUCGCAGCGUCGAGAACAACUUGGGCCUUUGCGCGCGAUAACGCCAUCCCUCUAGCCCGUCUUUGGUCUAAAGUCGACGAGCGACACGGCACGCCCAUCUGGGCGCUGGUCCUUACUACCUUGAUCGAGAUGCUCCUCGGAUUGAUCAACCUCGGAUCUUCAUCAGCGUUCCUUGCUUUUGUGUCGGUUGGCGUUAUAUCCCUCGCUGUCUCGUAUGGGAUACCUAUCGUCAUAUCAAUGUUCCAUAACCGCAAAGAAGUCAAUAGCGCUAGGUGGACUAUGGGAAGCUACAUUGGCCCGGUGGUGAACCUACUCGCCGUGGCCUGGAUUGCCUUUGAGGUCGUUUUGUUCUCUAUGCCCACUGCGCUCCCUGUGACCGAGGUUAGCAUGAACUACGCCAUCGUGGUCUUUGUUGGAUUUAUGGUCCUGAGUGCCAUUUGGUACGGUGUGUAUGCUCGGAAGGUUUAUCGAGGCCCACCAGAAUCUGAUGGACUUACGGUUGAUUCUUGA